AUGUCAAUGUCAAGAGAAGAUUUCAAGAGUAUAUAUGACUCUAUGAAUGAUAAAGACGAUAUACCAUUUCUAAAAGUUCAAUAUUCAAAUUAUAUAAAAGGAAAAUCAAUCAUUGAAAUAUCAACAGAUUUAAAUAUAUCAUCUACAAUCGUUGCAAAACAAAUACUGAAUCACAUAUUAGAUACAGAUGUAAAACAACUAUACUCUAUCAAUAAUAUUAAUCAUACAAACACCGACCUCUAUAAGCUGCUAAGUGUAAAGACCGACCGUGAAAGUGUUUUGAAAAAACUAAUGAAAACACCUGAACUCAUAGAUAAUGAAAGACUGCGUGUAAAUAUUCAACAAUCUGUUUACUCUGAUGACAAUUGUUCACCUUUAAUUAACUAUAUAAGAUCGUCAACUGGAUCGGAAUAUGAAUUCUUAUUACAAGAAAAGCUAUUUCAAUUGAAUAUACCGUAUCAAACAGAAGAUCAGUUGAGAAAGAUUGGAUAUCCAAAGACACCAGACAUCAAGUUGGAGGUACCGUUUGCCUAUCGUGGUUAUAUUAUCAAUUGGAUAGAGAGCAAAGCAUCGUUUUGUGACGAUCAUAACUAUAAGAAUACAAAGGAUCAGAUCAUAGGAUAUAAAAAUAGAUAUGGACCUGGAAUGGCUAUAUUUUGGUUUGGUUUCAUCGAUGACCUUAAUAACCUUCAGGAAGACGGAGUCUUAAUAUCAGAUAGAUUUCCAGAUUUCGAAAGUAUAGAGCUUCUAAAUGAUUUCAAUCAACAUCUAAAAGGAAUGAUAACAACAACAGCAACUACAACAAUUACACCGACAAUUACACCGACAAUUACACCGACAAUUACACCGACAAUUACACCGACAAUUACACCAACACCUUCGAUUACACCAACACCAUAA